GGCUGUACGUCUAAUAUAUAAAGCGACUGAUGCUGGGCCGGACCGCGGAGUACGGGUCAUUGAUAACUGUUGUGUUGUAGUGGAAACUGUGUGCGAUAGACCAGGUUUUUAAUAAUAAGCAAUGGCGGGCUUUAUUGGAAAAUGGGAAAUUCAGAGUAGCGAAAAUUUUAGCGAAUACAUGAGCGCAAUAGGUGUAGCGGAGGAAAAGAAGGCGGAGGCACUCAAGUUUCUUGGUGACGGAUCCAAGAUGUCGUUCGAAAUCUCUAACUGUGGUGACGAAUGGGAGUUCCGGGUGGGUACACAGGCAGGAGAGAAAAACAUCAAGUUCUCACUAGGAAAGGAGUUCGAUACCUUCACACUAGACGGACGACCAAUUAAGACCACGUUCAGUCUUGAUGGUGGAAAUUUGAAAGAGUGCCAGAAGGGAGAUGGCUUUGAGACCAUUAACGUGCGGACGGUAGACGGAGACUGUAUGACUAUGACAAUGACCGGAAAUGGUGUGACGUGUACCAGGAAAUACAAGAAGGUGUGAUUGGACAAAAGCGUAGCCAAUAGAAACAAUUCUUCAUCUUCAUGUUGUCAUGUGAUCAAUUUAUCGUAUCUUCCCUGGAUAUCUGAACGCGCGGAGUGCCGAAUAUAGCACUCCGUUCGAAACAUUUCUUGACUUCCUGUUUCGGAUGCGUGUAUGUUAAUUGGAUCAGAUUAGACAUAUUCUAUUCAGCAGGACGAUGUUUUCAAAAUGAAGACGACAGUGCCCAAAACGAAUAUCUGUUUGCAAGAAUGAUAAUUUCAAUGUCAAAGGCAAAAGUUUUUCGAAGUUUGAAUGAUAAGUUUGAGAAUUAUGAUAUAUUUCUGAACUAUUUGUGUGAAAAGUCAGUUUAAAAAUCAUUCAGUGGAAAAUAAAGUAGCGCCUUAAAGUAAUAUGGAUUCACAAUGUUACACAUUAUGUAUUUACGAGGAAAUUUAAUACAUUUUAACCAUUGAUUUUUUAUGACGCGAACAAUGGCGGACGUUACAAGAAAUUCUUUCAACUUCUCGAGUAUAUGUAACAAAUGGGAAAUAAAGUACGUUUAGAUGUAAUCGUCA